GCACAAGGCACAAAAUAUCCAAAAAUUUAGAGAUAGAAAGCCUCGGAAACUGCAACACCAAAGCUAGAAAAACAAAGGAAGAAAGUGAACAGUUUUCACACUCAUCACUUCUCUGCAUUAUCAAAAUAUACUUCAUCCUCUCCCACAAGCUCACCAGGUCUUGGUGGGUCGAGGGCAUUCAAGUAGCGAAGCAUAAAUCAGUUCCGUCUCGUUCGCAACUUUUGCUGCUAGAAAAGGCAGUUGCAUUAUGCAGACCCCUAAAGCAAGAAGUGGCUCCUCUGAAGUGCCUCAAAGGGUUUCUCCUCCUCAAAGGGUUUCUCCUCAAGGUCUCUCCUUCCAAAAGGUCUCCCCUCGAGUUGCUCGCCAACUCAGGCCAACUGCAUUGGAGACUACUGACUCUGCAUGUACUUCAAGUCAAGCUAAAAGAGCAACUAAAGAUAGAAGCCCAAAAGUCACUGAGCGUCGGUCACCCAGAACUCCAGUGUUUGAGAAGAAGGGCCCAAGUAGAAUAUCCGAGUUGGAAUCUCAGAUUUCUCGGCUCCAAGAGGAUCUGAAGAAAGCAAAGAACGAGCUGCAAUCUUGUGAAUCAUGCAAGAAGCAAGCUCAGCAAGAUGCCGAGGAGUCCAAGAAGCAAGUACUGGCCUUGUCCUCAAAGCUCGAAGAAUCCCAGCUGCUGCUUCCUGAGCUUUCUAUUUCUGAGGAAGCUCGUGUUAUCAAGCUCCACAAGAUUUCACAGGAAAGAGACCAAGCAUGGCAGUCCGAGCUUGAGACUGUGCAGAAGCAGCACUCAGUUGACUCAGCUGCCUUGGCAUCUGCUGUUGAUGAGAUUGAGAGGCUUAAGGCGCAGCUUGAAGUGGUGGCUGCAUCUGAGGCUGAUCAGAUAAAGCAUGCAGAAUCAACAAAUGGUGAGCUUCAAAUCUUGAAAGAAAACUUGGCUGAAACACUUUCUCUUGUGGAGAACAUGAAAACACAAUUAAAGGACUGUAAGGAGUCCGAAGCUCAAGCACAAGCAAUGGUUAGUGAAACCCUACUGCAGCUGGAGUCCGCGAGAACAACAAUGGAGGCACUCAGGUUCGAUGGCAUGAAAUCGACAGAAGCUUACAAAUCCAUUGCUUCAGAGUUAGAUCAGUCAAGGGCACGUGUAAAUUUACUAGAAGAACUUGUUAGCAAACUCAAGGCUGACCUGAUUAAUGCAAGCAGCAACGUUUCACAAAAUCAGGCUGGUAACAAUGAGCUUCAGCAAAAAUUUGAAGAAAAGCAAGAGACUAUGGAGCCAAACCAGAAUGAGGCAGAACUUCAUGACUUGAAGUCCGAAGUGGCACGGCUAAGAUCUAGUCUUGAAACUGCUGAGACCAAAUACCAUGAAGAACAAAUUCAGAGCACUGUGCAGCUAAGAAGUGCUCAUGAACUGGUGGAGCAGAUAAAAUCUGCAUCUAGUCACAGAGAGGGGGAACUGGAAGCGUUAUUGACGAAAACCAAAGCUGAAGUUGAAGAGUUGAAGGCCCACCUGAUGGACAAGGAAACUGAAUUACAAGGCAUUACAGAGGAGAAUGAGGGGCUCAAUUCGAAGCUUGAUAAGAGCCUGUCAUGCCAGAGAGAGUAUGAACUGGAAAAGGAAUUGAAAGAACUAAAAGGGCAUGUUACGGAUUUAAAGGCUUAUUUGAUGGACAAGGAAACGGAACUGCAGAGUAUUUCAGAAGAGAAUGAAACACUGAGGUUGGAAAUCAACAAAAGCCAAAGUAAAGCUAACGAUAAGGUAGAGGCAGAAGUAGAGGCUGCAAAGUGCGCAGAGCGAGAGGCUCUCGUGAAGCUUGGCAUUGUGAUGGAAGAGGCAGACAAGAGCAGCAAGAAGGUAGCAAGAGUGGCGGAACAGCUGGAGGCAGCACAGGCAGCCAAUGCAGAAAUGGAGGCGGAACUAAGAAGGUUAAAGGUGCAGUCCAACCAGUGGAGGAAGGCAGCGGAGGCAGCUGCUACCAUGCUUUCAUCAGGAAAUAACGGCAAGCUGAUGGAGAGAACUGGAUCACUGGACAGCAGCUAUAAUCAUGUCACCGGGAAGUUUGGCUCGCCUGACUCUGAAGAUAUGGAUGAUGAUUUACUGAAGAAGAAAAAUGGGAACAUGCUGAAGAAGAUUGGGGUCUUUUGGAAAAAGCCACAGAAAUAAAAAUGCUCCUCGAAAUAUGGUUUUCGUGGUACGGCUAAUCUGGUUUGUUUAAUUGGCAAUCUUCUUAGCUUCCAUUACUGGUGCAGUGGCUGCAUUGCAGAAAUAUUCUGGUUCAUUUUCUUUUACCCCGGAAUAUUAAACUGAUAAAUUUAGAUGUGUUAUCCAAGUAUUGAGCGUUGCUGACAUGAGUGAUGGAAGGAAUAUCUGCACGUAUUGGUUAAGGACAAGAUUUACUGUUAUGUGAGACAAUAUAUACUUGGGAAAAUAUGUGGGUUAGUUGUCCUGCUCUUUUCUA